AAUGGUGGACUUGUCGGACUUGUCGGAUUCGUUCAUUGAGAAAAGGUGAAAAGAGAUGUGAUCAAGCAAACUGACAAAAUACAAAAAUCUACCGGAAUCGGUACACAAUGGAUCACAAAGUAGCUGCAACAAGCAAGAACUUAGAUGUAGACAAGCUAGAUUGCGAGGAAAAGGUUAAAAGUGGUCCCAACGUGAAGGUAGUGAAGAGUAAGACAACACACAAAAAUGACACGAACAUCACAAAAUUUAUCAUGAAGGCGGGCCAUAGACUAAAGCUGCCCCCAGUGACUUGUGCUUCUGCUUGUGUUCUAUAUCAUCGUCUACACAAGCAGUAUUUUCAGAGUGAACAUGAUCCAAAUCUUGUUGCCACUGCUGCUUUGUAUUUAGCGUCCAAAAUUGAGGAAUCCCCAUGCAAAUUACGCGAUGUGAUAAAUGUAUCCUACAGGUUAUUACACAACGAUAGACCCCCGCUGGAGGUGGGGUCUCUGUAUUGGGAACUUCAUGACAGUGUGGCUAAUUGUGAGUUGAUGAUAUUACGAGCUCUUCAGUUUCAAGUCACUUUUGACAGUCCGCACAAGGUAGUAGGGCGUAAAAUGUUUUCUUAUUUUUAAUCCAUGUUAGGGUUUAUUCUAAAAUGAGCCGAAGAAGGCCCAGUGGGUUCCCCUUACUUUAAUUUUUGGUGGCCCUCUUUUAAAAAAGGGGACCCAAGAGGGGCCAAGGAAUCCCCAAAGGUGCUUGAACAUAUUUGACAUGUAUAGUGUGGUCAGUGAGGAUGGUAAGAGAAGAAAGCCAAUUUUGACAGCAAGAGGCUAGAAAGGUAUCAUAUGAAUUUUGUUGUAAUUUAUGUUUUCAAAUCACUGCCUGGGUAUCAGGGGUUGUAAAAGAACCCCCACACUUCUUCAAAGAGAAGGUAAAGUAGCUCCAGGUAUUUUGAUUCUGAUAUUGGAGGCACUUGCAAAAAUUUCAUUGAGAAAAAAUUGUAAAUUGCUCAAAGUCCCCUGUAAAGUGUUGAAAAUUAACUCAGAAUAGCUUGCAAAGAGGAGAGGUAUUAAAACGUUUACAUUUGAUAACAGCUGCUCAAAUACCUACAAUAUAGUACCUGAAACACCUUAUUUGUGGGCACAAUAUUUUGCACCCUGUCUGAUGGUCAGACGUGAGUUUUAUUUGGCAUACCGAUAUUUUUUCAAAUUGAGGAAAUCUUGCUAAGCUGCUCUCUAGGAGAAACCUAACAUCUAAAGUUUUAACAUUAUUUACUGCUCUAAUUUAAGGACAAUAUGAAAGGCAGUGUAAAAUCAGAGCGGGUUUUUGCCAUUCGCUGUUACCUUAACCAUCAUGCUUUGUCACUAAUGCUUAUGACCACUUUUGUGUACG